GAUUAUUCAAGUAGUUCUGAUGGGUGGUCAGAGGGAGAUGGCGUGGAUAAAGAACAUGAAGAAGACAGAGAACUUGAUGAGGUGGUGAGGAUACAUGAUGAUGAAAGGAAGAUGAAUGAACAAGACGGAGGAAAAAACGGUAUAAAACCGAAGGCUAAGACUGUGCCGACGAAAAGACCCGGGCGCACCUGUCUAUUGAGAGAUAGCCCAGAUGAAGAUGAAGAUAUGAGAGAACCUGAUGAGAUGGUGAACAAAUCUGACGGUGAACUGAAGGGCAGUGGAGGAGGCGGCCAAAAAAAUUCCAAAAAUCCUAACGCAAAAACUGCGCAGGGCAAAAGGCCGUUGCGCAAGUGUCCAAUAAAAGGGUGUGAAGCAGAGGUGGUAGACCUCCCUCGACACUUAAGGGGUGUUCAUGGUUGGAGCAAAGAAAUGUCAAGAAAGGCAACAUCACGAUAUGGGAUGAGAAAAAGUUUCCUGCCAAAACCUGUCAAGAAGAAGCCCGAAUCCGAUGACAGCAAAAAUAUACAUAAAGACUAUCACCGACACCGUCCAUGUCCGAUUGAGGGUUGCAAGUCAGUGGUAAAGCGCUUGUCCGCUCAUUUACGGCAAGUGCAUAGGGACAUCCCGGUUGGGUCACCUUUGUACAAAAAAACUUUGAAAGAAGCUGGUGCUUCGAAAACGUGGAUACCUUCGAAAAAAGCUAAAUGUUCUCGUUCAGAGAUGGAUACAUUGCACUCCCCUUCGGAUCAGUCUGAAAAAGAGGUAGAGAUGACAAAUAACACUGAUCCUCCCGACGUACCGUCAAAUAACGAAGAGCUAGAAAUUAUGGAAUUGGCAGAAGAUGUUGAUUUCUCAAAUGAGGAAGAACAGCUCGAUGUGAUGUUCUCCUUUUGCAGUUGGUUGCAGUCUGCAGAUGGCGGUAAAAAGGAUACUAAGCUAUCCAAACAACAUGCCUCCCAGUUGUCCCGUAUUCUGGAAGUAAUUGACCCAACAAAGAACUUGAGGUCUUUGUUUAGAAAGAGUCUUCUUCGGGACAUUUUUUUAAAGCAUGCAGAAACGAAGUAUACCGCUGAUACCAUUAAGGCGUAUCUUCUCAGUUUGAGGCAUUUCUGUUCGUACGUGACAUCAGAGAAACCUAAGUGUGUAGAUGUUGAUCCUGCCCUUGUCAGCCAAAUUGCAGAGAAAGCACGUCUUUGGUCCAUGUCUUACAAAAAGGAUAGCAAACGGAGGCAUCUGGAGAAGAUGAACAAGGACCUCAACAACCUAGUAACCCCUGAUAUGAUCAAUGAGUUUGAACGGAGUGAGUCGGCACGGAGCGUUGUCGGAUACAUAGAACAACUCACUGGAGCGCAUUCACUGGUUGUAAACCAAGCCGUGUACACUCUUAUCAGAGAUUUUCUACUCCUUGAAAUUACCAUUGCAAAUGCACACCGAUCUGGUGUGUUAGCUAAUAUGACAGUUAGCGAAUUUAAGGCUGCAAAGGAAAAGCAGGAUAGCAUCGUCAUAAGUGUCAAGAAGCACAAAACAGCGGACACUCACGGCCCAGCGCGCGUGGUGUUGUCGCCAACCCUAUUUUCGUAUUUACAAGUGUACUUCAAUGAAGUGCGAAGCAGGGUGUUGGAUUCCACCAGUAAUGAGAAUGAGAGUGACAAAGCUUACGUAUUUUUGUCUUGGAAUGGGGCAAAGAUGGAGUCAGGCCAAAUCUGCACUGCUAUAAAUGCAGCGUGGGGAAAAGGCGGAAUGCAAGGGCACAUCUCGUCAACUUUGUUUCGCAAGUCUGCUGUCACGAAUGUGCACGCGCGGCAUAACGAGUUGAGAUCAGAUUUGGCCGACCUUAUGGCGCAUAAAGAGACCACCGCACAGAGAUUUUAUCGCCUUAAGGAAAAGGAAGAAGCAUGUCUACAAGCUGCAUCCAAUCUUCCUCGCAUUAUGAGAUUGUCUAACCAGAAAGAAAUGGAGAACCAGCCUGAAGCAGCCGGCACGAAAUCUGAUGAUGGUGCUUCAGGGACAGUUGGCGACAAAAACACCGCUGUUGAAAGUUUCAAGGAACGUAUAGAGUGGAAAGAGGAAGAAGUGAUUGCCUUAAAACAGGUCUUUGCCAAAGAAAUUGAAUCGAAAUCAGUAACCAUGGCAGCUGUUAAGAACAAGACUGAAGGCCAUCCUACCCUCUCUGAUCUCAGCCCGAGAAGGGUUUAUGAUAAGAUUCGAAGCGAGUGGCGGUAUAGCGACAACAUCAAUGCGGCUGACGAGCAACCUUCGGCUGAAUUGCCCAAAGAGAGCGACUCUCUGACUGACAAGAUAGACCGAUUCUUUUCAAAUGAUGAAAGUAGUGUAUCCUUUGAACCUCCCUCAAAUUCAAGCUAUGUGAGCCAUAAUAUCUUCAGUGAUGAGCAGAGAAAGUGCCUUCUCAAAGUGUGUGGUGGCAUCGUAAGAUGUGGCGUAAUCUCACAAAAAGCGACGAAGGAGUUACUUGAGAAAGAAGACUUUGGUAAACACAUUUUACGUCAGUUUACCAUAAAACAAAUUAUCAAUCGUUUAAAAUACGAAAGAAGGUUACUUCGAAAUAAGUGA